UGACUUGUGGCUUAGCGUUAUGUCGACAUUUUACGAGUUAGAAUAUGGUAUACCGUCUCUCAUCAACUGCAUUGGGACAUUGACGUCACUAGGAGGAUCUAGAAUGGAUGAGAGAGUGACUAGUGCCAUUGUUCAAGCGUCCAGAUCUUUUGUGGAUCUAAAUGAACUGCAGAAGCGAGCGGGCAAGAGGAUUGCAGAUCUGUGUCGAGUACCAGAUGGCUACACCGGAUACGUGACUGCUGGAGCAGCUGCAGGAUUGUGUCUAUCAACAGCAGCUUGUAUGACUGAAAACGAUUCGACGAGAAUCCGCCAACUUCCCAACACCAGCAACAUUUCAAAGAAGUACGUCAUUCUAGACAGAGGAGGUGACAUGCGAUGGAACCAGUCCAUACAAACAUCGGGAGCCCAACUGCUCUUUGUUGGUUCUAAAAAACAUCCUGCUACAUACAGUGACCUGCUAUCUGUUCUCAUUGACAGAUCUCAUGAGAUAGCCUGCAUGGUUUACUUUGCUGGGGCAUAUGAUGAUGGUCAAGGUUUAUCGUUUGAAGAUAUCCUGGUUCUUACUAAUUCUCACAAUAUUCGUCUCAUUGUGGAUGCUUCUGCACAGCUUCCUCCUCGUUCAAAUCUUUACAAAUGGACACAUGGUGGUGCUGAUAUUGUGUUGUACAGUGGUGGCAAAGGAAUUGGUGGUCCUCAGACAUCAGGACUUCUCUUAGGUAAAUCAGAUCUUGUGGCUUCUGUUGCAGCUAAUGGUAGUCCACAUGAAUUGGCAAUCGGAAGACCAAUGAAGACAUCGAAAGAGUCAAUAUGUGGUUUGGUCAAAGCAUUGGAGAUAUUUAUCCAGGAUGAUGAUGCAGAUGAUGUCACUCAUUACAACUUAGUGAUAUCAAUAAUAACAGAUACGGUUUGUGAUAUCCCUGGAAUUUCUGCACUGCGUGUUGUUUGUCCAUUGCCGCCAACAAUUCAACCAAACACAAUACCCAGGCUGUACAUUGACAUUACUGUAAAGAGAAAUGCAUCACCCCCUCUUGAUCAUUCAUUGAAGAGUGAGUUUUAUGGUGAUGACCUGGAUCACGGAGAUCCCCUGGCCAUACAACCGACCACGCCUGUUAACAUUCUGGCAUACAAACUACUGAAACUGCAGCCACCUAUUGCUGUAAACACAUCAAAUACAGGUAUUGUCAUCAACCCACAGACAUUAACAGUUAGAGAAGCUAAGAUUGUGGCUCAAGGUGUGAAACAUGUUAUAGCAAAUAUGGUAAGGGAUGGAAUACUGACAGCUAAAGUCACAAGUAGACUUUAAAUUGACUGGUUUUUAACAAUUUGGCAUUUUGAAUAUUUUGGUAUCUGUGAAUCAACUUGGACUGGGUUUUGAUCUAUAUUGUAUGUACUACUGAUUUGAUGUAUGUAAGACAUUUACUGUAUAACUCAAGUCCAUAACACAAACAGCUGCAGCUGCUUGAAACAAGAGAGUGACAGGCAGACUGCUAUACUAGUAACAUUGAUGUCUCAUUAUCAUUGAGCACUUUUCGUAUCUUAAUGUUCACAUCUGAUAAUGUGAUCUCUUACCCUAGCUUAGAUUGUUAGAAGAGGGCACAAUAUCAAGAUCUGCCAAUAUCCUAUUUCCUGGUAUGGGGUUGGAUAGAUCCUCCCACAGAUGCAUCAGCGUAUAAUGUCAGCCGACAUUGUGCUAGGGAAUUAUCUUCCAAUGCAUCAUAGGUACAUCAUCAUACAAUACAAUGCAAUGCC